AUGUCAUUGUUUCGCAAAUUGUUUUAUAGGAAACCUCCUGAUGGUCUUCUUGAGAUCUCCGAGCGUGUUUAUGUGUUUGAUUGCUGCUUUAAUAUUGAUGCUUGGAAAGAAGAAAAUUAUAGAGGUUACAUAGGUGGAAUUGUCAGUCAACUUAAAGAACAUUUCCCUGAUGCUUCAUUCUUGGUGUUUAAUUUCCGCGAGGGAGAGAAACAAACCCAGAUUGCAGAUGCUUUGUCCGAGUAUGAUAUGACCUUAAUGGAGUACCCUUGGCAAUACGAGGGUUCCCCAUUGCUCACGAUGGAGAUGAUUCACCAUUUUCUAAGAUCGGGAGAAAGUUGGCUCUCUCUUGGACAGCAGAAUAUUCUGUUAAUGCACUGUGAACAUGGUGGUUGGCCUGUUCUUGCUUUCAUGCUCGCUGGACUGUUGAUUUAUAGGAAACAGUAUAGUGGAGAGCAGAAGACCUUGGACAUGAUUCACAGACAGGCUCCUCGUGAGCUUUUGCAGUUGCUCUCACCAUUGAAUCCUGUGCCUUCUCAACUGAGGUAUCUACAGUAUGUCUCCAGGAGGAAUGUGGCCUCAGAAUGGCCUCCGUUGGAUAGAGCUCUCACCUUGGAUUGUGACCCUUAUCUUGUUUCUGAUCGAACUUCCAAGCUUCUGUAUUCAUCUCCAAAGAAAGGAAAAAUUAUCCGGGCUUACAAGCAGGUAGAAUGUGAACUCGUUAAAGUUGACAUCAAUUGCCAUAUACAAGGUGAUGUUGUGCUUGAGUGUAUCAGCUUAAAUGAUGACAUGGAACGUGAACAGAUGAUGUUUCGAGCUGUGUUUAACACAGCUUUUAUUAGGUCAAAUAUCUUGAUGCUUAACCGUGAUGAAAUUGACAUGUUAUGGGAUGCAAAAGAUCGAUUUCCAAAGGACUUCAGGGCAGAGAUUCUUUUCUCUGAAAUGGAUGCUGCUGCGUCCAUUGUUCCAGAAGAUUUCUCUGGCUUUGAGGAGAAGGAAGGGCUUCCAGUGGAAGCAUUUGCUAAAGUUAAAGAGAUCUUUAGCUCUGUCGACUGGUCAGAUCCCAAGUCAGAUGUCGCACUUAAUGUGCUCCAACAGAUUAGCGCAUCAAAUAUUGCCCAGGAACACUCAGGUGCAGAUUUGCAGCAUGGAGUAGAGAUUACUGCUCAAAGGCAGGAAAUGAGUCCUAGAAAAGGGCUUGCCGACCAAUCUAAGUUCAGUAAUACGACAGUACCUACAGCUUCCUCAGAACAAGCUUCGGCUGUUACAAAACUCAUGGAACCCGAAGGUGGUUCUAUCUCACCAUCAACACCUGCACAGCCUCCACCAUUGCGACCUGUUGUGACUUCUAGUGCCAUUAAAGUUCUUCCCCAUCCAUCACCAACUCUUCAUUUUUCAGCUUCAGAACCAGUAGAUCCUUCAUCAAUCAUAGAGACUGAAACCCAUUUAGAGGGCAGAGGUAAUUCACUAUCAGUCAGUCUCCAACCUACUGCUCCAUCAACACCACCAGCUCCACCUUUUAAGGAGGAUACUUCCACUAUCAAAACUGAAUGCCCAACCCCACCUACUCCUCAAAUGCCACUUCUCAAGGAAAUUCAUACCAUUAGAGUUGGAGCUCCUCCAUCUCCUCCAACGCUAACUUUGAAUGAGAAUAGCACCGUUGGAGCUGGACCUCCUCCAAUGCCACCUUUGAAGGAGAAUAGCACCAUUGGAGCUGGACUUCCUCCACCUCCACCACCACCUCCAACACCACCUGUGAAGGAGAAUAGCACCGUUGGAGCUGGACCUCCUCCACCUCCAUCACCUCCUCUAACACCACCUUUGAAGGAGAACAAAACCAUUGGAGCUGGACCUCCUCCGCCUCCACCACCUCCUCCAAUGCCUCCUUUGAAAGAGAAUAGCAUAUUUGGAGCUGGACCACCACCUCCUCCUCCUCUGCCUCCUCCUCCAAUGCCACCUUUGAAGGAGAAUAGCACCAUUAGAGCUGGACGCCCUCCUCCUCCACCUCCUCCAAUGCCGCCUUUGAAGGACAAUAGCACCAUUGGAGCUGGACCUCCGCCUCCACCACCUCCUCCAAUGCCUCCUUUGAAGGAGAAUAGCACCAUGGGAGCUGGACAUCCUCCUCCUCCUCCUCCACCUCCACCUUUGAAGGAGAAUAGUGCUAUUGGAGCUGAAUCUCAUCCAUCCCCACCUACUCCUCCUCUUCUUCAUUCAAGACCAGCUACCAGCCCAGCUGUUUCAUCUCCAAUGCCACCAGCGCCACCGCCUCCUCCAACUAUGUCAACCAAUUCCUCUCAUGUUCCUUCUGCGCCUCCUCCUCCUGUUCCUUCUGGUAAGGGCAGUUUAAAGACAGGCAACAAUGGAAAUAAUAAAUUGUCUGGGCCUCCAUCUCCUGCCCCACCUACUCCUGCACCACCCUUAGGUUCCCCCUCCAUCUCCAAGGGUCGUUUGUCUCGCACUGUAUCUUCACGGAACAAUCAAACCAAAAAGUUGAAGCCAUUGCAUUGGUUGAAGUUAACAAGAGCUGUACAAGGAAGCUUAUGGGCUGAGUCGCAAAAGUCUGGCGAAGCCUCCAAGGCCCCAGAAAUUGACAUGUCAGAACUUGAGAAUCUUUUUUCUGCAGCAGUUUCAAAUACAGAUCAUGGCGGGAAAUCAAGUGCGCGUAGCUCGCGGGGACCUAAAGUUGAUAAAGUGCAAUUGGUUGACCAUAGACGAGCAUACAAUUGUGAAAUCAUGCUUUCAAAGGUGAAAGUGCCACUACAUGAGUUAAUGAGUUUAGUACUUACCCUCGAGGAUUCAGCAUUAGACGUUGAUCAGGUUGACAACCUCAUAAAGUUCUGUCCAACAAAAGAGGAGAUGGAACUGCUUAAGGGAUACACUGGAGAAAAGGAAAAGCUAGGAAAAUGUGAGCAGUUCUUCUUAGAGUUAAUGAAGGUGCCAAGAGUAGAAUCUAAACUCAGAGUUUUCUCAUUUAAGAUGCAGUUUCAUUCCCAGGUUUCUGACCUCAGAAAAUGCCUGAAUGUUGUGAACUCUGCAGCAGAAGAGGCAAGUUAUGCUAUAUUACUUUCUCUAUAUAUGGAACUGCUAGGGUUUCUUAUCCUGCGACCUGAUAUUCAUUUUGUAGCACUGUUUUACCUUUCAGCUGGUUCGGCUAUUGGAUUUAGGUUGGAUAGCCUUCUUAAACUAACUGAUACGCGAGCAAGGAACAACAAAAUGACUCUCAUGCAUUAUCUUUGCAAGGUACUUGCUGACAAGCUACCAGAACUUCUAGAUUUUUCGAAAGACCUUGCCAGUUUGGAACCCUCAACAAAGGUACAAUUGAAAUUUUUGGCAGAGGAAAUGCAAGCCAUAAGCAAAGGACUGGAAAAAGUUGUACAGGAAUUGGCCGCCUCAGAAGGUGAUGGUCCUAUAUCAGACAAUUUCUGUAAGACUGGAUGCAAGAUUUUAAAGGAGUUCCUUCGUUUUGCUGAAGCUGAAGUGAGAUCCUUGGCUUCUUUGUACUCUGGAGUGGGUAGAAAUGUGGAUGCAUUGAUUCUAUAUUUUGGAGAAGAUCCAGCACGCUGCUCAUUCGAGCAAGGUAUUUGUUCUUUGCCUAAGAUAUCUUCAUAA